AUGGCCGAUACCAGCUAUAGCUACGAGAUUUUGCGUAAGAACCAUGAGAGGGAACUAGAUGCCUUGAUAGAACAGGGUGUUUUCAAGCCACUGUUCCUAUCUCAUGUCAUCAUCCUCAUCACGUUGCCUCUGAUAGGCCUUGUCAUCCCUCGCAACAAGGGCGGUCAAUAUGUCCGCCAAGGUCUCUUCGUCCUCUUUAUUGCUAUCGCAAUUGAGAUUGUGGUGAACCGACGAGCUAUCACUGGAGGAAAUGGAUACAUGCUUGGCCUGAUGACGGCUUGGUGGCUAAUUUGGAAUGCCACACUGUAUGUGUUCACAGAUCUGGAGCAUGACUUCAAACGCAUUGAACGGAAACCCAUUGUUACAAAGUCUCAAAAUGAUGCCAAGAUUGAGCAUAGUACUAUUGCAGAACCACUUGACUCGAGCAGUCAAAUAUGCAAAGGGGACAGCGACCUUUACGUUUGGCAAUCGUAUCCCGAGAAGUUUUCACAUCGCCUCGAAUGGUGCGCUGGACUUUACUUCAAUAUGAGAGGACCGGAAUGGAAUUGGCGAGCUCCCCACCUAGGUCCUCUUCCUCAACCAGUUCAUGUCCAAUUGCAUUCAGGAUUCACGGAUAAAAUUGAAGCACAUGAGUCCUCUACCUAUCCAAGCGGCCCAGACCGCCUGAAGGCAGCCUUUCGAACAUUCUUCAUGUAUUACCUCGCAUUGGACAUAUUGAAAGUCAUAAUCUUGAUGCCAGACCCCUACUUUCGAGGCCUGACAUCACCCGAUUCAACACCGCCAUUCCCGUUCUUCCUCGCAGAUAUUACAAUCCAUCCUGUCCUAGCCCAGAUCUGCCAUAACGUAUACUCCGCCGUGAGUGUCUACAUCGCCUUCGAGUUCGUGACCUCACUCAACCCAAUCUUCUUCCUGGGCCUAUCUCUCAAGUUCCCUAACGGAGCCAAAAAAUUAACCGGCGCGCCACUGGGUGUCCCAUGGUUGUACGCUGAUACAUUCGGGCCAUUCAUUACACCGAUCCUGGACCACGGGUUGGCAGGUUGCUGGGGCCGCUGGUGGCACCAAGUGUUCCGUCAUGGGUUCAUGGUUUCCGCGCGCUGGAUCUUAUCCUUACUUCCAGCAAACCUGGCCUCCAAUCGGCAAAUUCGUCGUAUCACAUACCUGAUGGUGGCAUUCUGUCUUAGUGGCUUUGUGCAUGCCUGCGGAAGCCACACUCAGAUUGCAGACACACAUCCGGUAUCUGGAACAUUCUUGUUCUUCGCUUCCCAGGGUGUUGCGAUCAUGGCGGAGCAGGUGUUCAAGACAUCGAUCUUCCCGAAAUUACCUCUUGCUGAUACGCCGAGAUGGCUGAGACGAACGGCAAACUUCAUAUUUGUGUUCUCUUGGUUGAUGGCCUCCGGUGGUCUCGUGGCAGAUGAUUUUUCGGGUGGUGGGUUGUGGUUGAUGGAGCCCAUUCCAUUUAGUCCACUUCGCGGACUAGGAUUUGGUCGACCGGAUCAAGGAUGGUUGUGCUGGAAGGAGCCCUGGUUCCAGCACUGGAGUGAUGGCACAUACUGGGGAACCGGGAUACGGAUGCUGUAA